UCUGCCUCAAGCUGUCAGCAAACUUGAAAAGAAAGGAAUUUUGGUUUUUUAAACAGGUUCAAAAAUAUUCAAAAUAAUGAUAUAUUUUUAAAUUUUCGAAGUUUUUUUAACGUUCGGCUGUAAAACAAAUCCUGAGAUAUUUACUCUGCCUAUAGCUAUGGAGCUGGAACAAGCUGUGAUGGGUCAAACAGACAAUAUUGUAAGGUCCCAGCUGGACGCCUUCUGUCGUCUGUGUCUUCUCAAGCGAACAGUACUGGUGCCACUGACGAGUGAAUUCAACGGAGUCAUGAUACCAGAGAUGCUGUGGAAAGUUUCCGGAACACUAAUAAAUGUCCUAGAGCCUCUGCCGAGAGUCCUCUGCGAACGUUGUCUAACCAAACUGGAUUUGGCCUACAGUAUUGCACAGGAAUUCCGCAAACAGGAGGAACGGUUAAGAAGUUUUUGUUGGAAGGGCGUACUUUUAGAGGAACUGGAGCAAUUCCAACAGUCUGACGAAGCUUCCAAAGAGAAAUAUACAGAAGAGGUAAUUCGUAGGUUGGUUUCUGCCCUACCCGAGCAGAAAUCAGUCGUUAUCGAAGAGGCACCCAAGCAGGAGGAGGAGGAGAAUAAACUAUCACAACUUGAUGACAUUAUCGAAACUGACAGUUUUCUCUCCGACCACUUUGACAUGAUUGUGGAAGAGAUCCACGAUGAAGUGGACUUAGCUCACGAUGAUGUGAGCAAUGCGUUGAGCGCUCUGGAGGAAGAGGUUUUGGUGAAACAUGAAGUUCAGCCUGUACUUGAUGAAAGGUCAGAUGCGGAUCCAUGUUACGAACUGUUGCCCCUAACGGUAGAUAAAUUGGAGCCCGAGGAAUGGAUUGAGUCCGACAACGAGACAGGCUCAAAUGGCGAGAGAUUUUCAGACAAAAAAUUGAACGAAAUUAUCAAUUUUACCAGCGAAGGCUCUGCAGAUAGUCAGGAUCUGAUCGAGUACGAAGAAGUGGACCCCGCCGAAAAGCAAAAUGCGCGAAAUACGAAUAGACAAACUGUUCCCGAUGCAAAUGGCCAGUUCGUUUGUACAGAGUGUCCCAAAACGUUUACGGUUCGGAAAACGUUUCUUAAUCACGUCAAAAGACAUGAGCAUGUAAAUCAAGAAUCAUUCAAGUGUCCUAAAUGUCAGAAGAUAUUUGGAACAAAGGAACGUCUUAUGCGACACAAAUCAAUCCACGAACAGAAUCUGUGCUGCGAUCUGUGUGGUCACGUUUGUCGAGAUGGACAUGACAUGCGAGCACAUCGUAUUCUGCACCAGAAAGGAUUGUAUCGAUGCGGGUUGUGUCGGUUUUCUAGUGAUUCUCCGGCGGAGCUCAAGGUUCAUGUAGAUACGGGAAGUUGUUUGGAUGACUCCUGCAGUAAGAAAGCGCCUGGUAGGCCUCCAUUGAGACCUCCAAUUUUGAAAAAUAGCGUGUGUCCAUUCGAAGGAUGUAACUACACGGCAGAAACGUACGGAGCAAUGUAUGUGCAUAAACGGGCCAAACAUUUACAGCAAUUCAAAUGUGUGAGCUGUGGGAAACGCUUUGCCUUUGCAAAUCAGCUUCGAGUUCACGAAAAGCUGCACACGGGUGAAAAGCCGUUCAAGUGUGAUAUCUGUUCCAAACGUUUCCGGCGCAUGUUCAGUUACAAGGAACAUAUAGCAAUUCAUCGGGGCGCGGAAGCGUACAAUUGUGACAUGUGCGGAAAGGUUUUCACCAGGCCACGAUACCUAGCGGCACAUAUGCUAACCCACUCCGAGGAUCGUUCGUUUGAGUGCACGCUGUGUGGAAAUCGGUACAAAACGAACGGAGAACUCAACAAACACGUUCGCUCCAAGCAUGAAUCGUUAGAGUAUGGCAACGGAAAUGAUCUGAUAGUGGAAGAUUAUGAUUAUUUUGAGGAUGAGUUUUGUAUGUGAAAAAAGUUUUGACUGAAACAGUGCAGAUUGUGUUUGCGUUGAAUGUAUUUAUACAGUAUUUAAAAAAACAUAAAAUUAAAUUCCAAUAGCUGAGAUUCUAUCGAAAGGUCAACUUUGCAUGCGAGAUGACUGGGAUAUAGUUGCGAGAGAUUGAAUUAAGUGAUACU